GUUUAUUUAUUCUCUAUUCCGGGAACAAACUGGUUGCCAUACAGUCAGUUUCAAAGCUGCAAAAUAACGUAAUUAGGGGAGUCGCUGGUGCGCUUGGUUACACCUUCGUGUUUGACAUGUUAGAAAUCGGUUCCUAAUUUGACUGGUUCCUAAUUUGACUGGUGUUGACCUAUCCGGAGAAAGCUAGUUAUCGAAACUCGUCUUCGGAGCAGAGGCUUCGUUUUUCUCAUUACUGUAUUUAAUGAAAUUCCAAGAACAAUAGAAAAACGAGCUCUAUAAACUGUCCUGCGUUGAUGCGACUUUACGUACGCGUCGUUUACCUAGAAUAGAGCAAUGCUAACACAGUUUGUGGGAUAAAGAUGGGACAAAAUUUAUGAUGAAUAAUGACUUGUCCAUCCAUCCAUCUUGGGAAAAGACCCCAUCGUGCGGCCUGGUUCAAAAGAACUUGGAGAGAUGGAUAACAUAAGAUCAACUGAUAAUCCAUUUUGUUAAAGCAUUGUUUUGUAUAUUUCAUGGUUUGGCUCCCAUAAAACCCACAUCCCUUCUUCCCCCAUACUCAUUUUACAAAAGAUUGUUUGUACACAAUAUCAAGUACAAAAGAUGAAAACAACUUUGUACUCCUUCCUCGACUUAAAACGUACCCAAUUUUCCAAAUUUUUCAUUUAAACAUCUUUUUCCUUAAUAAAAUAUGAUUUGCAAUACAUUAACUAUUCAUGGGGGACACGAUGAAAGCUCGAAGUCUUUGAAAUGCGACCCAUCCAAUAAUUUUAUAAGUUGUUAAAAAUCUUUGAAAUUUAAAUGUUAAACAAAUUUAAAGUCACAUUAAACUUACAAAAUAUACAUGAUAAUGGGUCAGAAUAUCGUAGGAAGCGGGUAUCUAUUCUGUGUCACAUUGACUUUCAUCCAUAAAGAAAAGUAAAAUCAUUGAAAGAAAAGGAAUUAAAAAGUCAUUGGACAAAAAUUUAUUUCCCCCACUAGACCAAAUUUAGUGUGAGAGAGCACCUAAUUAAUGAGUUUUCAACAGCAAUUACUAUUCUAUCAUUUAAUUGUACACAACAUCCAGAUAACUAUUUGAUGUAUUAUGUCAAUUUCGAGAAUUGCCAAUGUCAAAUGUUUAAUGAUAAGACCAGUUUUAUCAACUUCUUAAUUGUCGGUCCGGGUACUGAGGAGCACGAUAAGAAUACGAAUGUAAUAUUUUCUCUCAAUCCUAUAGACUCUUCUUAUCAUUCAUGCUGAGAGCCUCCAAAACAUUUCAUUUUUUAGUCCAAACCUUCAUCAUUUUCCCACGAAAUGCUCUUUGCAUUUUUAAUUUGACAAUCAUUUUGAAAUUACCUAAAACUGCAAGGAUUUAAUAUACAGCAAAAUUACUCGAGAUUUUGUUAUUAUUCUGUAAACCUGGGCAUUGAGAAACUCAAGUCCCUUUAGAGAACGUUCAUAGAAACUGUCAGCAACUCCUAUUUUCGAAAUAGAAAAGAAAUAUUGGCCACAUGCAGAACGGGCCCCAAUCCGAUUAUUUCUUGCUUAAAAAUAAUGAUGCUAUGCAUAAUCGUUAAGUUGGUAGGAACGUCGAACCCGAUGCAUAGUUUAUAUUAUUUUUUCCUUAUCACUAUAUACGGAGAGGAAGAAAUUGCUUUGUAGAACAAGUGGCCACAAGAGUGACUCGUCAGGUGGACAGACUGGACAAGGAAAUUAAUCUUAAAUAGAUUUUUCUGUGUACACAAGCGUGACAAAAAGAAAAGGAAAAAACUUUCAGUUGGGGUUAAAAAAAAAAGUGACUUUACAGAUAUUUUCCAAUCUUAUCCUUUUGGCUGCUUUUCGAUAUUUUCACGGUAGAAACUGCAGCGCACUUGCCGAUCAUUCAGAUCAUCAACUGUAUCUGAUUUUUUCCACUCUCUCUGACGGUUGCCUAUCACAGAAGGAGGAAAAAGAGAUUUAGUAUGCCGUAUCUGCGGAUUCGUCACGCAUUACUCUCUGAAUAACAUUAUGUCAAUGGGCUUCUCCUUUGAGAGAUAGGAACGCGUUUAUUAAUUGCAUGACACUUUCGACUUGGAAUGAAACUUUUGAUGUCUUGUACAAGUGUCUAGAUAUUUCUUCACAUGCUCCUCCUAUGCAUAUCGUUGACCCUAUAGUGAUUUUUCUUUUCCUCUAACUAUCUACCUUGAUGGAAUUAAAAUGGACAACGCUUUAUCGCAAUACACAAUCGGUGUAUAUUUCACGCUGCAGUUGAUGCUUUGCCGGUCUUUGAUUGGUGUGCUCGCUUGAAUGAAUAAUUUCAUCAGCUGAGAUUCAUAAAGGAAAAAGCUAGGAAAAAAAUAUUCAACUCGGAAUUGUAAACUUUUUUCUGUCAUAUUUCCUUCGUAAAUAAUUUUUACUACUAUGGACAUGCUUUAUUUCGGUGACUCCGUUCCAUACUCUUAUCAAACCGGAUACAAACAGGGGAAUUACUGUGAUUUUCCAAGUACCUGUGCAUACCCAGGGAUGGGUUCCAUUCCCAACACAGCCUGUAGAUUUAGCUCCGUGCCCUCCUCCUACGGAUCUUACCCUCUACCCCCGGGGGCUUGCGGCGGAUUUUUUGCCCGAAAGCCUACCCGUAUCAAAGGUCAUGGGGGAGUGAAUCAGCUGGGUGGGGUAUUCGUCAACGGACGUCCCCUCCCUGACGUGGUCAGACAGAGGAUUGUAGAACUUGCUCAUCAAGGAGUCCGGCCAUGUGAUAUUUCCCGCCAACUCAGAGUUUCUCAUGGAUGUGUCAGUAAAAUACUCGGAAGAUACUAUGAGACGGGCUCAAUCAAGCCAGGAGUUAUUGGCGGAUCCAAGCCUAAGGUGGCGACACCCAAAGUGGUGGAUGCUAUUACCCGCUACAAACACGAAAAUCCAACGAUGUUUGCUUGGGAAAUCCGCGACAGACUUCUAGCAGAGGGCGUCUGUUCUUCCGAAAACGUACCCAGUGUCAGCUCAAUCAACAGAAUCGUAAGAAAUAAAGCGGCAGAAAAUGCAAAACAAUCCCCUGGCCACAUCAGUCCCUCAGUGGACACCGGCAGUCCACCACUGUCCCAUCAGCCUUCACCCAACAGUGAAAUACAAAGAGCUCCUUACACAAUCACAGGAAUUCUGGGAAUUCCUCAAAGCCAGACUGCUCAAACCAUGGUGGACCCCAAUGGGAACAAGAGAAAAAGGGAAGAUCAAGGUAGAUACCUCCCAAAUGGUCAUGAAGCUGAAGUAAAAAUUGAACCAAAUACAGCUGACAUGAAUAUAUGGUAUCAAACCCAACCAAGACCAACGAAACAAGCUAGAGCCGAAAAUGGAACAAAUGAGGCUCAAACCAUGCCCCACACACUGAUAAUAAACAAUGCACAAAUGUACCCCUCUGGCGUACCAACAAAUCUUCCUCCAAAUUAUAAUGCUCAUUUUGUUACCACAACGACAACCAUUUCCGGGGAUGUUAUAAAACCCGGGGUCGGAGUUGAGUACACUAUCGCAUCUCCGGCAGUUGGCACCGUGGCCAAUUCCGAAUCUCAAAGCAAUACAACUAAUUUUCCCACGACAUUAGGUCACCAACUGGGAACAGAAAUUAGUGUAAAUUCACAGACUCAGGAAUUGAAACCAAUUGUGGUUGCCGUGGCAACGGAAGCACAGCCACCCGUGCAACACGAACAAUUUCAAGAAGCAACCAACAACACACCAACUUCAUCAUCAACACCAACCAUCAACAAUAAUAACAACACCCCUCCCCCCAAGGUGGGCUCCCCCAGCUCAGGGGGUGGGUCUAACAACCUGACAGAGCUUAAGCCCGUUCAACCCACUAUGUCCCAGUCUUCUUAUACACCGUUGCCAUCGUUUUCGGGACAGUUUUCAAGUCAAGCAAGCAGCUAUAACGGUUCACACGCUACAUUUCCCAGUCAGGCUGUUGUGGGCAGUGUUGUACAACCUCUAGUAAUAUCCAGCGGAUCUUAUAGCUCAGCAAAUCCACCCAGUGGUGAAUACUAUAACGCUGCCGGGACAGCCCCCUACACCCAGUACCAGACUGCGGCGUACCCCGCGGAUCCAGCCUGGACCAUGAGAUACACCACCCCUACAGGUAUUCUAAAUACGCCAUAUUACUACCAAACUCCAGUCUCAGGUAGGAACGAACCGAACACAACUGUGGCUGCUUCAGCAAGUCCAUCCAAAUCAUAACAGCAUGUGCAUGUGAAAAUCUUAAUGGACAUCAGCUUAUGAUCGUAUCAUAAGCACUGUGCUUUAAAAAAUUUGUCGGACCAUUUAAGACUAUGGAUUUACAACUCGGCAUUGUAUUAACAAAGUGGAUAUUCUCUAAGGGCAUGUUACAUCAAAGAUAUAUAUUUUUUGCAUUGUGACAAGGUUUGAAGACAGAAGACAGAUUUUAAACAUCAGUAAAAUUGUUUUAUUGUUAAAUGCAAACCAAUGAUAAGAGUGAAAUCAUAUUUUUGAAAUCAAAGUGGAUAUUUUACUUUUUGAGGGUAUAUUGUGAUGGGUGUAUGGACUUUUGUGUGUGUGCGGACAGGUUGUAUGUUGAACGUAUCAGCUGUAGAUAUAUCCAUAUGUUUAUAUCUAAUUUUCAUAACUAUUCUAUGUUUUAUAUCCCUUUUUGAGAUUAUACUUUGUAUGAUGAGAACUAUUUUUGGGAGCGCUUCUGGUGAAACUGAGGAUCACCUGAGAGGUUGCUAGUUGUCAUAUAUUGGCAGACAUUUUAGCUUCGUAAUGUUCAUUUUGGAAUCAUUAUUCAAUCUGAAAUAGCACAGAAAUGCUUUUCAAAUUUCUUUAAUCAACAUAAGAACGUUUAUCAUCAGGAACAUUUGAAAUUAUUUUUUCAGUAAUCCAUUUAUCACACUUUUCAUUCUUUUUAUUAUUAUUAUUUUUUGUGCAAUAUAAUCAUCUGACCAGCAAGUUGAUCGUCAUUAAAUGUAAUUUGAAUACAAGUUUCUUUUCAGUAUUAGUGUACUGAUUUAAUUACGCAUGCUCAGCCCAAUUCGAUUGAAAUACUUUUAAGAAGUUCUGAGAUUUGCUCAACAAACAAUCAGAAAUAUAAAAGAUUUUACAAUUAUGCACUACACAACUCAUGGUAAAAUUUAUACAUGAAUAUUGUAUGUGUGUACUUCAAAGCAGAUGCUUUAUUUUCCCCCAACGCAUUAAGCUUUGAUGAUUUGUGGGUAACAAGUUUGUAAGAAUACUUUUAACCAAAGAAAAAGAAAUAUGCGGACAUUUGUAAUGUUAAAAGAAUCUUUGAAAUCCUUGCUCCCUGUUGAAUAAGGCACGAAGCGAACGAGUGCUAUAAAAUCUAUAUUGUAUAUUUUUUAACUUGUACAUAUUUAUAUAUAUGUAUUUCGUCAGGGUACACAGAAACCCUGUGAUAUUAAAAUGAUAUACCAUGACAAUGAGUGACGAUGUAAUGUCGUCAUGAUGGACAGGUGUCAUUUGUUUUGUUUCCUGUCCUCUGUCAGAAUACAGGCAAAACGAAAGAAUCUCUUUUUAAUCGUAUUUCAAAACUCAUCAAUCCUAGAUAUAGAUAAUACAAUAUCAUGAAAUGUUUGAGUUUGAAAAAUAAAAUUUUGUUACAUUUA